CUCCGGCGUUUCCCGCCACCGUGCAUAAAAGGGGCUCGCUGGGCACAGGGAGCCACAGAUCGCACUCAGAGCCUCUCAUCAAUCAGCUCGCGUAUUCCAGGCUCCCGAGACCCUCCUGCCCAGCAUCAUGGUCCACGCCGCCCAUGCCCCGCUCCUGCGCUCCGCGCUGCUGCUGCUGCUACUCCUGCUGACCACCGGCCAGACCACAGGGGCUCCCGCAGCCACCGAGCUGCGUUGCCAGUGCCUGCAGACCAUGCAAGGUAUUCACCUCAAGAACAUCCAGAGCGUGAAGGUGACUACCCCGGGAGCCCACUGCAGCCAGACAGAAGUCAUAGCCACUCUCAAAAAUGGGCGCGAAGCUUGCCUUAACCCUGAAGCCCCCAUGGUUCAGAAGAUCAUCCAGAAGAUGCUGAAAACGGGCAGCCCCAACUGACCUGGGAAGAAGUAAGAAGAUUGUCCUGGUGGCUCCUGCUAGGUGGAAAGAAUGACCAUUUCCCGGCAAUCCUACCUAAACACUUUUGACUGUUUCUUAAGAGAGUUCUAUUUAUUUAUGUAUGUAUUUAUUUAUUUUAUAAAGCCUGUGUUUUUAUUAUUUUACAUUAGUAUUUAAAGUUGUGGAUAUGUUUCAUCAAAGGUAGCUUUGUCAUAAUUGUUUAGUUGAAGAUGGUGGACUUAAAAUGUCUCAUUUAACUAAUAUUUAUUGGGAGAUCUUUAUUGUCUGAUCACUGUGAUACAAGUGUGUGGGGUGGGUAUCCACGAAGCUAGACUAGAAUGUAUGAGCAUGUUAUAUGUUAGGGUAAGGGAAUGUGUGGACAUCUAUUUUUGUACUUUUUGAAAAGAAUGUCAAUUAUUUAUUGAAAGUCUUUCAUAUUGUAUGUCAACAUUGAUAUGUUGAAGCUUCCCUUGGACAUUUUAUGUCUUGGCUGUAGGGCAUAAUGCCCUUUUAUAUUAGAUAUGCAAUGUUCUCUGUCUUAGAGCAGAGGUCUUGUGACCAUUACAUUUUUACAAAUGAAGUGAAAAUAAAAGCUUUACCCA